GCGUCAUAAACCUUAUGCUAGUGGCUAGUUUUUUAGGCUUCUAGGACGGGUGUAAGCGACACCACACGUACCUUGCUGGUUGCCUCUAGAGGAAGCAGGGAGUGGAUAAUUACACGACAGAGUUUUGCUGGUUUUUUUAUACAGUGACACUAUCGAAACGGAAUAUCUAUAGUGGUACCUUUCUGCCACCUUUAUGUGAGGUCUCAAACCUAAGGGAACGGGUCAUUGACUGGAGGAGAGACGCAGAGAAAGUAUUUGAUCACAGAAGCCUGGAUACAUUUUUUAGUUUUUUUUUUUUUUCUCUUCAGUCACUGAAACGGCUGCAGAUAAGCAGUUUUACAGCACGCUAUAAGGACCAUGGAGGCCAUUGCCAAAUACGAUUUCAAAGCUACUGCUGAUGAUGAGCUUAGUUUCAAACGUGGAGAUGUCCUCAAGGUAUUAAAUGAAGAGUGUGAUCAAAACUGGUACAAGGCAGAGCAGGAUGGAAGAGAAGGCUUCAUCCCCAAGAAUUACAUACAGAUGAAACCCCAUCCGUGGUUCUUUGGGAAGAUUCCCCGUGCCAAAGCAGAGGAGAUGCUAAACAAACAGAGGCACGAUGGCGCUUUCCUCAUCAGAGAGAGCGAGAGUGCACCGGGGGAUUUCUCUCUGUCUGUGAAGUUUGGAAAUGAUGUCCAGCACUUCAAGGUUCUUCGUGACGGAGCUGGAAAGUAUUUCCUAUGGGUGGUGAAGUUUAACUCCCUCAAUGACUUGGUGGAAUACCACCGCUUGAACUCAGUCUCCCGCAAUCAGCAGAUCUUUCUUCGAGAUAUAGAGCAGGUCCCCCAGAAUCCCACAUAUGUGCAGGCGCUCUUUGACUUUGACCCCCAGGAGGAAGGCGAGUUGGGUUUCCGACGCGGCGACUUCAUUCAAGUCCUGGACAACUCUGACCCCAACUGGUGGAAAGGAGGCUGCCACGGCCAAACGGGCAUGUUCCCUCGCAACUACGUCACGCCUGUCAGUCAGAACAUGUAAACAGUCAGACCAUGUAAACAACAACAACCACCACCACAACAGCAACCAUCACCACCACCACCAUCAUCAUCGUUUUCGAUCUCAUCUGAACCCCACCCUUCCCAAACCCAACCCCCUUCCCACCUCUCUCUCGGCCAUCCCACGAUAACGGGAGCAAAGAGAACGCAAACAACUGAAAGACAGAAUAAAAAUGACAGGAGCAACGCUGUCGUGGGCGACGCUGUGUGGGUGACAGCUGAGCAAAAAAAUCAACUUUUAUAUGUGCUGAGAAUGUUCACAGUGAACGCCUCAGCGAGGACCGAACUGUCUUUGAGGGAAAUCUAGAUGCAGCAUACAUUAGCGUCCUGCUUCAACCGUGAAGAUAACCAAAUGAUUCAACCGCUCCCACAGCUGCUUCUGUCUCCUCCUUAACUUCCUAACAGUCUGCCUUUCUUUUGUUCUGCUUUCUUUGCCACUUUUUGUUUUAAUCAACUGAACGAAGAGCCUACUGAUGAAUCCUAACUCUGUUUUAAAGAAAAGAAAAUACAUAAAAAUAUAUAAAAUUUAAAAAAAAAAUAAGAAGAAACUGUUUUAGAAAUGUACAAAAAGAAGAGGAAAAGAUGAUUGCAUCAACAAUACAUAAAGUCUCCAUGUUUAAGAUCAUUGGCAGAGAAUUGUACAUCAGCCUCAGGCUGCAUAAAUAAAUCAAUUAUAGAGAGAAGUCAUUUUUUUAAGAAUAUAUAUUAUAUAUUUGUAUGUGUUUGUCUGUUUUACCUCUCAUCACAAAUUGUUUUGGGGUUUUUUCCAUUUGUAAAUUAUGUUCAAUCUUCUGUCAGUCUGAAUAAGACCUAGUAGCUCUAGAAUGUGAUGAAUUGUCAAUUUUGUUUCGUUUUUUUUAACCUUUACAUUAUCUGAGGGCUCUCAGAUAAAACCACAUGACAUUUAAAGGGUCACAAGUUCCAUUUGAAAAAUGUUUUUGUCUGUAACGCAGAGAAAGUAAAGUCGAUUCUCUGAAGAAGUCCUGUCAGGAAGCUGAUGUUGACCAGCAUAGCAGAGCCAUGAAUGCUGCAAGAGCUGUCACACAGAGCCCUGUACAUAAAGGUCAGCAACCUUUCCGAAAGCCAAUAUAUUUAUUGCAGCCAUUUUUCUUUUUUACCAGGGCAGUGAAUGUAGCUGACCGAGUCUAUAGACACAAACAUGAGGGAAGCUAGGUCGGAGAACUGAAUUUCACAACCACGCAAGGGAUUUUAAGACUUGUAGAGAGAGGG